AUGGCGUCUCCUGGUCGCAAUGAGACCGUGUCACCGUGUUCGAUAUACAAUUUACUCGAAAGUGACGGUCAGUUUCCAUCUAAUCUACUACGUAGUCCUCAUAGUGACGGUGGCCUUCUUCGCAGUUUUCGCUACUUGAAUCCACUCAAUCAUACCGAUGACGACGGCACUCGUAGUGAAGGUGGAAAUGAACAUGUGGAUCAUCAACGUGUUGAUUCAAUUAGUGAUUUCUUCCCUAUGACGGGAACUAAUGUAUUUACUAAUCCAGGAAACAUUUUACCGACUACAGAAGCUUCAAUCCUCAUUGACACAGACGUACAACAGGCAGCAGCUCAGGACACAGGACAUAGAUUGGGAUUGCAACAAGCAUGCUCUUGUACCCUUCAUUCUACUAUAGAACAGAAGGGAGAAGGACAAGGCAGUAGACCAAUUAGUUCAACUAACACGUCCGGACGUGAAGGUCAAGACAUAACCAGUGAGAACAACAGAUCGCACGAUAAUUUCCUGGACGGGGUUCCACCGUUCGAGCCUGCUGAACGCGGUGCUCGAUGGGCCUUGAGAUUUCAAAAAAGAUGCAAGUGCCAAUGGCGACGUAUCAAUAGAUGUCGUCCAAAACAUCGACUAAUGAUGCUGUGGACACGAAUGAUGCCCAAUUGGGACUCUCGUGCACUUAAACUAGUCUUGGUGUCUGCUCUGCUGAGUGUACCUGUGGCUGUAGGUAUCGCUGCUUAUCUAUCACAAGCAGCACCAGAUAAAGUCCACAUGAUAGCACGAUGUUCUUUACCAGGGCCUAUGGAAAGCUACUCAGCAUCAACAGUGAUUUUGGCUGGAGUACUCAUCCCGACAAUGAACAACCUUGUAUUUUUUAUUGUAUCACUUUGGCUCGGUAUACUCUGCAGUCGCAGUCGCAAACGUGUGCUGCGUAGCGCUCCCUGCAGCAUAAGCUCCAAUCUAAAGUCGGCCUUUAUGCUUCCAUGCUACGAAGCAGUUUGGUACACAAUUGCUGCAUUGUCCGCAAUUGGAUUAAUACUGUACCACGUCAGCUUCCAGGCUUACAAAAGCGACAGUGACAAGACAUAUAGUGCACUGACGCUAGAGAACGAUCCGAAAUACCCAUGCAGUGUGGUCACAAUGCCAUCCGUCUGGGUGUUGCAGUUGCUACCAAUGCUUAUGAUCCAGCGCAGUGUUUCUCCACAAGCAGUACUACGUGCCAUUGCUUACUCUGGAGCAGUAUGCGUCAUCCUCGUCAUAUGCAAUAUGACACUGUACAGGGUUGGCCAUGAUAUUGCAAACGCAAUCGGGAUGGCCAUUCACAUUCUGUUGCUCAUUUUUUAUUUUUGGGCCAAGUUUGUCUUUCACGCUCGAGCCACCUUCGACUUUUUCUUCGUCGCUGCCGUGGUUACGUCGCUAACAAACAUUUUGAGUUACAUUACGGGGCUAGCUCAUAUGGACGCAACUUACACGGUGCCGGUUGUUCACUGCAUUGCCAACGGACUUGAUGCACUCAUCGUCGUAGCUGUCCUACUGUCUCUUCGUGCCGAUACCCGAUACUGGCUAGCCAUCGACGACAACGGAUCAGGUACAACAGGUUCGUCAAGCGCGAUGCGCCGUUACAUGAAUUUGCUUUCGGAGCGCGGUAUGAUAACCCAUUUUUCAACGCGUACGUCGGUAUACGAUGUCCAUCACAUGAUUGAAGAACACCGCCACAAUGUUGUGGACUUCUCAGCUCUAGCACUUGACUGCAUUAUUGCAAAGGGUGCUACUUCCGUUGUGAUGCGCGGAACACUGCGGGGGAGCACUCCUGUGUCGAUUGCGCUCAAGAUUUACACUGACGUACAGGUAACAAACGAAGAAGUGCAGCGAUUUUCGCGUGAAACGGCACUAAACGUGCAGUUGUCACACCCAAACGUCGUCCGCUUCUUCGGUCUGUGCGUGGUGCCGCCAUCUAUCUCACUUAUCUUCGAGUUUUGUGAGUACGGCGCAUUGGACGUGACAUUGCGGAAAAAUCCUGAGAUUUGGACACUUGCUGCUAAGCUAAAGGCUUGGCUGGAUGCGUGUCGUGCUGUCGCCUACUUGCACAGUUUCUCGCCCCCGCUCCUGCACCGUGAUAUCAAGACGGACAACUUCUUAGUGGGUCAGGACUUCCUUAUCAAGCUUGCGGAUUUCGGUGAAGCCAACUUGCUGCGGCCGCGGACUGACGGUACCAUGACGAUUGCAGGCACGGUCGACUACAUGGCUCCGGAGAUGAUCAAGGGUGGCAAGACAGCUCGUUACGGCACGGCUGUAGACGUUUACAGUCUGAUGAUUACGCUAUGGCAGAUAAUGGUGCCCAAGCGGAGUCCCUGGAAAGCUAAAUCUCACCUUGAAGUGUAUCGCUGCGUGGCUCAUGGUGACAGACCUCCACUCCUUCCAACCAUCCCAAAAUCCUGUGCUAAAAUACUAGAGGCUGGUUGGGCUGCCAAUCCGAAUGAUCGCGUUGCUGUGGAGGAUAUUAUACCCUCGGUCCACCGUCUUUGGUUGCUUGCUCUGCAUCAAAAGUCUUUGAAGCGCACGAAGCAUUAA